AUGCCUCAAGUUGGGAUUGAACUGGUGGUGGUUGAUUUGCCUGCAGAAGUUGAGGUUGAGGUUGCUGUUGUUGUGGUUGCUGUUGCUGUGGCUGUUGCUGUGGUUGCUGUUGCUGUUGCUGUUGUGGCUGUGGAUACGUCGGCAAUGUCCCAAAGUCAGACGUCGAGGUUCCUGUUCGUUCAUUUGAAACUGACGACGAUGAGCUUGAAGUUCGUAGUGAAGUCGUUGGCUGUGAUGUUUGAUGUGUCGUUGUUGGCUGUGGUGUCACGGAAGAACCUGACGUUCGCAGAGGUGUCGUUGUUUGUGAUGUGA